GAUGAAUCUGAUGGAAAAUGGAAGUGCAAUGAUUGAUCAUAGUUCGCUCUUGUGUCUACUUAAUAUCGAACAUUCUCUAGAAUUCCAGUAUUAAGAAAUUUGAAAGAUGUUUGAGAAUAAUCCAGGCCGACAGACUUCUCCCGUGACCUUCAAAAUGGACUACAGUAUACCUACGAUGACACCAUUUGACACCCCGCCCAAUAUUACUUAUUUACCUUCGAUGGCAUUCAAGAAACCCACACAAGACGAGAAAUCUAUUACUCAAAUUCACGACGCGGCAACAUUGGAGGGCCAGCAAAUUGGUGCUAUCCUGCCAAUCAGGAGAGCAUUAAAAGCCACGGCUUUCUGUUCACCGCUUGCAAGAGUCGGUGAUUAUGUCGAAAUUCUGGCAUAUUACAAUGUCAGUCAAGUUGAAGUUAAGAAUAUUCGUACUAGUAUGUCAGGAACCAUCGACUGGGAGGAUCUACUUCCGGUUCCCUACGAUGGAAAAUGCGGUUGCUUGGGUGGAGGAUGUCGAUGUAUCUACGAAACUUGGCAAGCGUAUUCGGCACGCCGUCCACCAAGACUGAUGCCCGUAUAUGGUGUUCAGGAUAUGAGUGGAAUAUAUGGUAUGGAUUUCACACUUCCCACAGAGGAGGACUGGGCACAGGUUGAUGACAUGUACACCAAAACUUACUCAUCGACAGUCUCUCCUCCUCAGACUUCUAAUGAUCCAAAUUCCUCGCUAUACACAACCAAUUUUACAACAAAGACACUUCCAGAAGUACACGAUCCCCUAACAAUCGCUGGGCAAACACCCGGAGCCAUCGUAGCUGUGAAACAACAUGCUCACCUUCCUCACGACUUUGGCCCAGUUCUCGAGACCGAGAUUGGAGACCACUGUAAAUUUCUCGAAGCCUGCGAACAUGGUUGGGGCAAAGUGAAGGUCAAAAAUCUCCGCACUGGGAAGGAAGGAUAUCUGCGAUGGCAAGCUUUCAAACCGGUUAAUUCGAGAAAUACAUGUUCUUGUCUUAAAGCUUGGUGCUAUUGCGAGUAUGAUGAUUUUGAGAAGAGCAAAGCGUACUGCGAAGCCGCCCAUAAAGCAUGAGCUUGAGUGGGGUUGUGUUGGAUGACGCAAUGAUGAUAUGACUGACUGAUAGAAAUCGCUAGAUAGGAAAAUGGAUACCCACUUCACUUGGAUACUUUAGGAAACAUGGGACUUAGUGUGCAUUCGUUCUGAAAAUUUACUUGUUGCA